AUGAAGCUACCCAACUGCAGGGAUGGCGAAUCUAGCACCCCCCAAACUUGUCGUUCCUACUUCUACUGGAUCACCCGGGAGCAAGCCUCCUUUGAGUGGUUUCGUGGAUUCAUGGACGAGAUGGUGGAGAUGGGGAAUGAGGGUGUCAUCGAGCUCCAUAACUACUGCAGCAACGUCUACGAGGAGGGCGACAACCGGUCGGCGCUCAUCUCCUUGCUCCAGUCCCUUAACCACGCCAAGCACGGCGUCGACGUGGUCUCCGGUGCUCGCGUCAAGACCCAUUUCGGCCGACCAAACUGGCGGGGUGUCUAUGAGCGCAUUGCCCUCAGGCACAGUGAACAACGCGUUGGAGUAUUCUACUGUGGCACGCCGGUGCUGACAAAAGAGUUGAGCGAGCUUGCCCAUGAUUUCUCGAGAAAGACCAGCACAAAGUUUGAGUUUUAUAAUGCGAACUUCUAG